AUGAAGCGUUACCUUUUUAAAAAUAAUCUGUAUGAAACAAUAACAGAUUUAAAUAUAUCUAAAUUGCAGAGCUAUGAUAAAGAAAAGGCGUACAUUGCCACACAAGGUCCAAAAAAAAAUACAGUGAGAGAUUUCUGGCAUAUGAUAUGGCAGGAAAAUGUUGGCAAAAUAGUGAUGGUCACCCAACUGGAGGAAGAAGGAAAAAAAAAAUGUGACCAGUAUUGGCCACAGACAACUAACAAGCCAUUGAUAGUAGACAAAAUUAUAUUAACCAUGGAUGUAGAAAAGGAACACUCUGUAUACAUGUACAGGCUGAUAAAAGUUAGACACAAAUUGGAAAAACACGAACGAAAGGUUCAUCAUUUUCACUUUACACAAUGGCCUGAUCAUGGUGUUCCAGACAGUAUAAAGCUGGUGAAUUUCUAUAGAGCAGUCACGAAUAUGAGCUGUGAUCAGCCUGGACCACUUCUCGUACACUGCAGUGCAGGCAUAGGCAGAACGGGUACAUUUAUUGCAAUAGAUUCCUUAUACGAACAUGGAAAAUCAGUUGGUUAUAUUGAUGUCAAGGAAUAUGUGAAGAUUAUGCGGAAGGACAGAAUGAAUAUGAUUCAAACAUUUGAACAAUACGAGGCUGUCUUUGAAACAUUGCAAGAAUUGUUUACCGUGCCAGAUACAUCUAUUCCAGUAUAUGAUUUCUGUAGUUACGUUCAAGAACAAGAAAAUAACAAAGUUCCACAAAAUCAAAAGACAUACCGAUUAGAGUUUCAGAGGUUGCAAAGUCUUCGUCCCUCAUACUCUGCUGACAAUUUCACAUCUGCAAGACUCGAAGAGAACAUUUCAAAGAAUGCAGUAAAUUCUAUUUUACCACAUGAUGACUAUAGGCCAUAUCUCAUGUCCUUUGGUAAGAACAAAACCAAUUACAUAAAUGCAGUUAUAAUACCAGGAUACUCAGUACAAGGAGCCUUUUUGGUUACCCAAUGUCCAUUAAAAGAAACUGUGGUUGAUUUCUGGACAAUGGUGUAUGAUCACGACUCCAGUAUUGUUGUUUUAUUGGAUACACUUAAUGAAGAUGCUCCAUUAUGGCUAAGAACAGAGAAAAGACUGGAGUUUGAAAAUUUUAACAUUGACCUUGAUAUUGAUAAGACACCGAUAGAAGUUCAACUUUCUAUUGUUCAACGAGUGAAUAGACAAGAUAAAAGAUCUAUACAUGUGUUCUGCGCAAAACAAUGCGAAAGUGGCAACUCUUCGCUACCUCCUGCAGCUGACAUGCUGGUACUGUUGCAAAGAGUGAUUGAUCAACGAAAACAUCACACAGGUCCAGUGACUGUCGUUUGCAGCAAUGGUGCAACACAGAGUGGACUGUUUGUUGCAUUAAGUUUGAUUUUAAAGAAAAUGAAGAUAGAUGAUCAAGUCGAUGUGUUCCAAGUUAUAAGAACAAUACAAAUUCGGCGACCAGAAUUUGUGACAAAUUUUGAUCAGUACGAGUACUGCUACAAGUGUAUCAAAGAUUACCUAGAAGAACAGUCAGUAUAUGCGAAUCUUUAGUGUAAAAUGACAGUGCAAUUGACUGUUUGAGUAAGCAAAGGAAUUCUUAACACUUUCAUUUUAUAAUCAAAUAUGAAAAAAAUGAAUUAACAGUGUAUGGAUUGUUGUACAGAAGUCAAAAGUCAAUUUAUUAUUGAAAUAAUAGAUAUUUCAAUGUAUGAAUAUUAUCAUUAUCUUCAUUAUCAUGUAAAUGACAGAUCCAGUCGCAUACUGGAAAAAGUUUGUCAUAUUCUUGCAUAUCCGUUAAAUGAGACUAUUAUUGUUAUCCGGGUUUUUUUUUCGUAAUAAAAAUGU